UGCAAAGUUUUCCACACGGUUUGUAGCUAUAAGAAGAGUAAACAAAACCUUAAUGCAAGGCAUAGCUGAGAGUGAAGAAGCAAUGGCUUCCAAUGUUCAUCUCUUACUCUUCUCGCUCUUUUCCCUUUUCCUCACUCUCCACGCUAAACUCCAUCUCUACCCUUCAGACUUCAAGGCUCUAUUAGCACUCCAAAAGUCCCUCGGAGUCAACGGUCAACUCCGGGCCAACGAAGCAUGUAAGGCACAAGGCGUGUUCUGCGAGAGAAGACUCUCCGACACAGAAACCUACGUGCUCCGAAUCACGAGGUUGGUGUUCAAGUCCAGGCACCUAAACGGCGUCGUCUCACCCUCCAUUGGACGCCUCACAGAGCUCAAGGAACUCACCCUCUCCCACAACCAACUCGUUGACCGACUCCCUCCACAAAUCGUUGACUGCCGAAAACUCGAAAUCCUCGACCUCUCCGACAACCUCUUCUCCGGCGAAGUCCCCUCCGAAUUGUCCUCCCUCACGCGCCUGCGCCUGCUCGACAUCUCCUCCAACAAACUCUCCGGCAACCUCAAUUUCCUCAAACACUUCCCCAACCUCGAAACUCUCUCCGUCGCCGACAACCUCUUCACCGGAAGAGUCCCUCCCUCGCUCCGCUCCUUCCGCAACCUCCGACACUUCAACUUCUCCGGUAACAGCUUCCUCGAACCGGUUUCCACUCUCUCUAGACGCUACCUUUUAUCCAGUGAAGCUCCUUCUCCGGGACCUUCUUCACACAAGACACACUCCAACCGUUCUAACGCCGCAGCAGCAGCAGCUCCUGCUCCUUCUUCUAACCACCACCAUAGACACAAAUCCAGUAAGAGAAAAAUCGCAGGGUGGAUUCUCGGCUUUGUCGCUGGAGCCAUCGCGGGAACCUUAUCGGGGUUUGUUUUCUCUCUUCUGUUCAAACUGGCUUUGGCUUUGAUCAAAGGAAGAGGCAAAAGAGGUGGACCUGAUAUUUAUAGUCCCUUGAUUAAGAAAGCCGAAGAUUUAGCCUUUUUAGAAAAAGAAGAAGGAAUCGCUUCGUUAGAAAUAAUCGGAAGAGGUGGGUGUGGUGAGGUUUACAAAGCUGAAUUACCAGGAAGCAAUGGCAAACUAAUCGCCAUAAAGAAAAUCGUUCAACCUCCAAAGGACGCUGCUGAGUUAGCAGAAGAAGACAGCAAGCUUCUGCAUAAGAAAAUGAGGCAAAUUAGGUCAGAAAUCAACACGGUUGGCCAAAUCAGACACCGAAAUCUGUUGCCUCUUCUUGCACACGUGUCAAGGCCUGAUUGCCACUACCUUGUCUACGAGUUCAUGAAGAAUGGAAGCUUGCAAGAUACUCUAAGCAAAGUUGAAAGAGGUGAAGCUGAGUUGGAUUGGUUGCAGCGCCACAAGAUUGCUCUUGGUGUGGCUUCUGGACUUGAAUACCUUCACCUGAAUCACAGUCCUCGCAUAAUUCACAGAGAUCUUAAGCCUGCGAAUAUUCUCCUUGAUGAUGACAUGGAGGCUCGCAUAGCUGAUUUUGGACUCGCCAAGGCAAUGCCGGAUUACAAGACUCACAUAACAACCUCAAAUGUGGCGGGGACAGUGGGGUAUAUUGCUCCUGAGUAUCAUCAGAUUCUUAAGUUCACUGAUAAGUGUGAUAUAUACAGCUUUGGGGUUAUUCUUGGGGUGUUGGUCAUUGGGAAGCUUCCUUCCGACGAGUUCUUUCAGCACACUGAUGAGAUGAGUUUGGUCAAGUGGAUGAAGAAGGUCUUGAGUUCUGAGAAUCCCAAGGAGGCAAUUGAUGCUAAGCUUCUUGAGAACGGGUUUGAGGAGCAGAUGCUUCUGGUUUUGAAGAUUGCGUGCUUCUGCACUAUGGAUGAUCCCAAAGAGAGGCCUAACAGUAAGGAUGUUAGGUGCAUGUUGUCUCAGAUCACGCACUGAAUCACUUGGGUAAUUACUCAUAAGUAUAAUUUGUACCAUAUUUGUGCUAUAGUUUGUGUUUAAGAAUUUACAUGAUCAAUGUUGGUUCAUAUAAGGUAAAUAAUGAAACCAUGUAAUAUUGUUUUGUUUUCUUCAUCACAGAUUGCUGAAUUUCCGGAAAACAGAAAAGAGAAAGAGAAAUUAAGCACUGAGAUGAUCUAUGUGUAAUAAUAUAGCUUGUCACAAGUCACAACUAGCUUGCAUUAUGUAUUUUUAAGAGUUGACCCUUAAAAUAAAAUGAAUGUUGUUAACAUUAUUUGA